GGAGAUUAGGACACAACAUUGACAGUCUGAUUGUACAGUGUCUACAAUACUUUUGGAUUACUAUGUGUUGUUUGUGAUUUUCUUCUGAAAUUCAAUCAGAACAAAAAAAAAUGUCUUGUAGAGAUUUAAGAAAUUUUACCGAAACUAUGAGGUUUCUAGGCUACCCAAGACUGAUAUCUUUAUCAAAUUUUCGAGUGCCGAAUUUUUCUUUAGUGGCAGAAAUUUUAGUUUGGUUAAUUCACCGAUUUGAUCCAGAUUCUGAGAUUACUGCAGAUUGUGACACUGUUGAUGAUAGAGUGUCUCUCAUUAGAAGAGCUGCUGAGUUUAUUGCAUUGAAAACAAAUAUUAAAGUAAAUACAAAAAAAUUAUAUCAAGCGGAUGGAUAUGCUGUCCAUGAGUUGUUGAAAAUAGCCACAGCAUUGUAUGAAGCACAAAAUAAAAAUGCUGAAGAGGAAAUACUGUCUGGUGAAGUGCGGCCUAUUACAAUAGAUAUAAGUGAUCAAUUAAGUGAAUUAAAGAAUACACGACAACUGGCCAGUCAAUUAACAGUGAGUGGAGCAAGUCUUUUUGAUCUUCUCGGAAGAGAAGUGCAGCUCCGAGAAAUUCGUAACAACAAAGUUGCCAGACAAUUUGAUACGUCUGCUAUUGAAGAAGCUUUGAAGGAAGUUAUUGAGAGUAUGAAUAGAGAAGUGGCAGAUACUAAGAGACAAAUUGACAACGUCAAGGAAACAGAACAAACUUUAGAUACGAAAAUUGAGAGAAGACAAAUAGAGUUAGAUAGAAAUAAAAAGAGACUUGGAACUCUACGUAAAGUUCGUCCAGCUUUUAUGGAAGAAUUCGAGAAACUAGAGCUUGAACUUCGAGCUGUUUAUGAUGAUUACCUCCAAAAAUGUCGUUACUUAGCAUAUUUGGAGCAUCUCUAUGAAGUAACAACAAAAGCAGAGCAAGAGAAAUUCGAGCAAAGACAAGCAGCUACAAAGAGGCAAUUGGAGCAAGUUCGUAGUGAAGAUGCAGAUUUUGAAGGGUUAAUAGAUAGCAACGACUCCAUAUUCACCAACAACCUUCGUAAUCCUCUUAAUCUUGAAAAUCCAGAGAAGAAUUUAGAGAAAACUGAAAACGCUGUGCUGCAAGGAAUUAAAAGAGAAGCUACAGGACAGGGUUCAAGAAUUCAAUUAAAUCAGAGAAGAAUUUAUGGUACGAUGUCAGGAAGACAACGUGGACCUGUACGAGACUCAAAUGAUAGUCUUGGUUCAUUAGAUAGUGAUAGUGAUCUGCUAAUAGAUGGUGAUCUUGAUGAUGAUGACGACGACGAUGAUGACGAUGACGAUGAUAUUGGUGAUGUACGCGAUAACAUUUUAAACUCAGUAGCAGUACGUGAGAAGACAGCUACAUUAGACUUGAAAGGAAAGCCAGAGAUAAGAGCCAAAAGUAAAAUGGAACAAAUUGAUGAAGAUUUUUAAUGAUUAAUUAAUCUUAAUUACUUAAUUUAGUUAAUAGAUUGUUAAGUUAAUGAGUUUAUAUUAAUUAUAAAUUAAUUUAAUCAUCACAAAUAGUGUUGAUUUCCAUGAUGGCCCAAAUUUAU